UUGAACACAGAGCUUUCUCAAGCAUGGUGGUAGCAAAUGGAAAGUCCAGACUAAAUAUAAUUAACAAUUUAUGGGAAUAUUUGAAGGUUGAAGUUCAUAAACACUUUUAUACAAUCUGACAGAACUUAAGAUAUUUUGCUAAGAAUGGACAAAUAUUACAGUUUCUAAAAGUACAAAUCUGGUGAAAGUACACCUGAAAAGAUGUACCUCCAGUGUCAAUACAAUACAGUGUCAAUACAGUUUCAAUACCAAGUAUUGACACUGGAGGCAUAAAUACAACUGCAUGCCACACUUUUCAGUAGGGAAGUGCCAUUAUAAAAACUUGGGCCGAUAUUGAUAUCUGACAUAAAUAUUGCUGUUUUGGCUGAUAACUGAUAUUUAUCUACUUUACCUUUGUAAAUAAAUAUAUUUUAUAUUAUACUCCUCAUUUGACACCUUGAAACAAACAACCACAUCGCUGUUAAACUCAGAUGUUACUAUCAGCCCAGUUUUAUACCUUGGACUGAUACCAAUAUGUUACAAAAAGACUAACAGCGAUGUUAGUGCCCAUACAUCUCUACUUUUCAACUUGUGAGUCACAAAAAUGUAGAUUAAUAUUAUACCAGUUAGAGGUAUAAUAUUGCAAUUAUACUUUGUACUGAUAUCAUGCAGAACCUACUGAGGAACUACUCAUGUUGUGACAUGUUGACACAAAGGUAAGCCAUCUUCUGGAGCUACAGGCUUAGCAAAAAUAAUAAAAUUAAUAAUAAUAGAGUAAUUGUUCUAUUGAAAACACAUAUCCAUCAGAUAAAUGAACAGAUAAAUACAAAACAAAACAGUCGGCCCAAAAAUGACUUAAGGAGAGGAUUUCCUCCUCACACAAGUAAUUUGUUGUUGAGAUAAUGCAAAUAAGUAAUGUUUUAAUAAAUAACCCUAAAUAAAUUACAAAGCAAUAGCUCCCAAUGAGCAGCUGACAGCAGUUAGAGGCAGUUAACGUUUGUAAAAUUAAACAUUGCUAAAAUGGACAACAUCAAUAAUGAUAACAACAGUUAAAAGCGUAAACAAAACAUAGCAAAAGUACUAAUGAAACACUGAAUGUUAUUAAAAUUGCCUAAAGUAUAUGGUAAAAUAUAACAUUUGUAAAGAAAGCUCAGGUCUGAUAACAGAGGAGCCGUCAGUUACCGGUUACUAUGGUAACCACCAACUGCCAAGAGCAGCGUAGCAGAACUUAAAGCACCAAUAAAUGUCUGAAGAAACAACUGGUUGACUAAACAAAAUAAAUUCAAAAAUAAAUAAACAAAUUUUGACAAACUUCACAUCUACAACAUUGUUAAGUAAAACCCUGUUACACUUAGACGUAACGCAGAAGAUUUCCGAAAGUUAGAGAUUUUUGACUCUGGAGUUUUUUCUGGAACAUUUCUGACAUUAAAUCCUAAAAGAUUUUAUUUUUCUUUCAACAAUGGCCUCAAGACGCUGUUGUAAUUUCCUCAUGUGGUUUAUAACUAAACCACACCACGAAACUCUCUAAAGAUUGAAUUCCUGAUGGCUGCAGAAAAAACAGAGACAAGCUUCUCAUUGCUGGAGCGCACUCAUGUGAAACCAGGGGUGAUGUGAGUGCCACCCACAACCAGCGAGCUGUCAGCCUAUUCAGAAAUUCACGGUGCACACAUGCCAUUGGGCCGGAAGAAAGGAAAGGUCCUUUGCAUGUUGAUGAUGAUCAACAUCUUGAUCUGUGUUCUGGUGGGCGUUUCGUGGAAAAUUGGGCACAAAGGCAGUCCGGAGGCAAUUCAGAUUCCAUCCGAGAGGUUCUGGAGCCGAACGUUAAUGAGCAAAUCCUUCUGGAACAAGGAACAGCAGCGCUUGGACAUAUUUAACAACCCGCUUAUCAACUCGGAACUCUUUGGAGGCUCCUUCAUUGCUCUGCCAGAUUGGCUUAAUGAUACCGGACCUCUUGACCCAUGUGAAGCGGAUUACCGGGUCGCAAGGCAGGUUUUGGACUAUAACACUCUACCAAAGCGGUUCCAGGACUUUCUUUUAUACAUGCGCUGUAGGAUGUAUCCGAUGCUGAUAAAUCAGCUCCACGUCUGCGAUGAAAAACCCUUCCUUCUGCUGGUGGUCAAGUCACUGAUACCGCAUUUCGACCGGCGCCAGGCCAUUCGCCAGACAUGGGGACACGCUGGCUUCUUAGCCAAUCGGAGUGUGGCAACCGUGUUCCUACUUGGCAGUACUUCAUCGGUGGACAACUUCCCUGACCUGCAGGAGAUGGUAAACCACGAGGCAAAGCUUCACAAAGACCUGCUGCAGUGGGACUACAGGGACACGUUCUUCAACCUCACCCUUAAAGAAGUCCUUUUUCUAGAGUGGUUCAGCACGCACUGUCCUCACGCUCAGUAUAUUCUCAAGGGUGACGACGACGUCUUUGUUAACACCUUACAAAUUAUUGACUUCCUGGGAGGCUUGUCUGAGGGCAACGCCAAAGAUUUGUUCAUAGGUGAUGUUAUCAAGAAUGCAGGUCCCCACAGAGACAGAAAACUGAAGUAUUUUAUUCCUGAGAGUGUGUUUGUGGGGCAGUACCCGCCCUACGCUGGCGGUGGAGGCUACCUGCUCUCUGGGGAUUUAGCAAUACGUCUUUCCAACAUUUCUCAGCAGGUGGUCUUGUAUCCCAUUGACGAUGUCUACACUGGGAUGUGUCUGGAGAAGCUGGGCCUGGCGCCUACAAAGCACCCUGGAUUUAGGACGUUUGACAUUGAAGAGAAGUACAGGGACAACCCAUGCAUCUACAGAAGCCUGAUGCUGGUUCACAGUCGAACACCACAGGAGAUGCUGGAUAUCUGGCCGUGGAUUGUUCACCCUGAGCUGAGCUGCCAGUGACCUGUUUCAACUGGUUUUAAAGUUGAAACUCAAUAAAAUCCUCUUCAUUUUUUUGAGUUUUUUUAAAUAUGGUUUUACGUAUUUGUUAAAAUGAUCACUAUGCACUGAAAUUAUAAUAUGAGAUAAUCUGAGAAAAAAAUCUGCCUUCUCCCAGUGCUCCCAGUUCUGGAUGCACAAUUACACAGCUCUAUCAGAAGUAACCAAUCACAGCCAGGAGGAGGGUCUUACUGCUGUCAAUCACCCUCAUAUAUGAGCUGCACUUACUCUCCCCUUUUCUCUCUGCUACCACAAAGGAGCAUACCGAGCAUGACUAGCAUAAUUGGUUAUGUUAACUAUGCUAAUUAGCAGCAUAGCAGUUUUUCUGUAACUGUAAGUUGUUUCUCCAAUAUUAGCACAUUUAAUAGAACGUACAUGAGAAUGAUUGACAGCGCUAAGACACUCUUUCUGGCUCUGAUUGGUUGUUUUUGACCAGGAGUUGUGCAUUUCUGCUGAUGGUGAUUUUAGCUUAGAGAAGAGGUGGAGGAAAUUGAUCUUUUCAUAGACUAUCCGUCUUAUGCUGUACUGUCACGACAACUUUAACAAAUAUGUAAAAAAGCAUAUUUUUGCAAAAGAUACAAAAUGCAGCUUUAAAAUAGUUAUACUAUUUUAUUGAUUUAAAUAGGUGUAUUUCAUUAAGGCACAAGAAUUAAAAUUUUACUGUGUGAAUUA